AUGGCCGCCAUGAUCUCCACCAGCUCCUUCGCCGGCGCGCGCGUCGCGCCCGCCAAGCCCGUCGCCGCGGUGCGUCGUCGCGCCGAUCGAUCGAUCGGGGUCACAUCGAUCGAUUCGCGCGAUAGGAUCGAAUCGAACCCCCCCCGCCCGCCCCCGCUUCUCGGUAACACUCGCGCGGACGACGCCUCGCGCUCGGGUUUCGGUCGCGCCGCGACUCGAGCGUCGCGCGCGUCGCCCCGCGAGUGCCUCGCAUCGCCUCGGCGGACGCCGCCGACGCGCGGCGUCUCGCGCGACGCGCCGCGGCGCCGCGGCGGGUCGCCGCGCCGCGGCGUCGACCGCGAACCGAUCGUCCGAGCUGGCGCGGUUUUAUUGGCACCGACGCGCGCGCUCGUCUCCAGCCCCCGUCGCGCGCGCUCCGCGCUGACGUAUCGCCUCUCUCCCUUCCCUUCCUCCCUCGCGUCGCAGCGCCGCGCCGCCGCCGUCUGCAAGGUCACCGCCUCCGGCGAGAACAAGACCGCGAAACUCGCCGCCGCGACCGCGGCCUCCAUCGCGCUCGCCAUCUCCGCCGCCGACGCCGCGCUCGCGGCGUCCUCCGCCGCGCCGCUCUCCGCGGCAGAUCUCUACGGCAAGGUCGAGCCAGAGCGCAAAAAAGAAAACCGCUUCGACGGCACGGAAACCGCGGCCCUGAAAGCGCGCAUGGCCGCGGGCAAAGGCUCGGCGCCCGCGGUCAAGGCCGCGUCCAAGUCCGCGGCGCCGGCGCCCGCCGCGAAGAAGGCGCCGGCGGCCGCGGCCGCGAAGAAGAGCAACAAGAAGUCGGACGCCGACGCGUCGUCCUCGGGCGCGUCCCAUACACUGGAGGCGUCCGGCGGGUCGUCGUCCAGCGGCGGCGCGAAAUCCGCGAGCAAGAGCGACGCCGCGGGCAACGCGAAGGACGCGCAGCAGUGGAUCGACGCGUGGAAGGGAUCCGACGCGGAUUUGAGCACGCCGGAGGGUCGCGCGGCGGACGCGCAGGCUUGGAUCGACAACUGGAAGAAGAGCAAGUGA